CUCCCCAGGGAUGGGAGGCUGAGAGGACCCCAAUCCCAAUGUUAGACCCUGGAGUGGCCUGGUGGGCAUCUGAGGGUCCAGUGGCUGCUGGCUCUCAGCCCUGGCCCUGGUGGUGGAGCCAGGCACGGGCCUGCCCCACACCAGAGCCCACCCAGCUCCCUCCCUGUGACUAGCUGGACUGGACUGCAGGGAGGGUGGGGAGAGCUUUACAGGUCUUUCCAGCUGGCAGCCUGACUAACCAGCUCAUCCAGGCUGGGGGUGGGGUGCAGCCCUAGGCACAGACCAGCCUCUGACCUCAGGGAUACAGGCUGGUGGCAUGGGGCUCCUCCCGAGGCAGCCUGUCCUGGGGCUGGUGCUCCUCCUCGUCCUCCUCGUGGUGCUGAGCUGUCUUGGGCCCAGCCAGGGCCUAGAGCUGAUCCCCUACACGCCGCAGAUAACAGCCUGGGACCUGGAAGGGAAGGUCACUGCCACCACCUUCUCCCUGGAGCAGCCUCGCUGUGUUCUUGAUGGACAUGCCAGUGCCGGAGACACUGUCUGGCUGGUGGUGGCCCUCAGCAAUGCCUCCAGGGCCUUCCAGAACCCGCAGACCCUGGCUGAGAUCCCGGCCUCCCCACAGCUGCCGACUGACGGCUACUACAUGACGCUGCCCCUGUCCCUGGACCAGCUGCCCUGUGAGGACCCCACGGGGGGCAGUGGAGGUGCCCCUCUGCUGCGGGUGGGCAAUGACCAUGGCUGCCACCAGCCGCUCUACUGCAACGCCCCCCUCCCCAGCCCUGGACCUUACCGGUGGCGUGAAGUUCCUCCUGAUGGACACCAGGGGCUCACCCAAGGCCCAGACCAGGUGGUCGGAGGACAUCACUCUCCACCAAGGGAAGGCCCCAGGUUCCAUCGACACGUGGCCAGGGCGGCGAAGUGGCGGCAUGAUCGUCAUCACCUCCGUCCUCUCUUCUCUGGCUGGCCUCCUGCUCUUGGCCUUCCUGGCAGCCUCCACCGUGCGCUUCUCCAGCCUGUGGUGGCCCGAGGAGGCCCCCGAGCAGCUGCGGAUCGGUUCCUUCAUGGGGAAGCGCUACAUGACGCACCACAUCCCGCCCAGCGAGGCCGCUACCCUGCCCGUGGGCUGCGAGCCUGCCCUGGACCCCCUGCCCAGCCUUAGCCCCUAGCCUGGCCCAUGAGGCUGGGGUGGUGGCAGCAGGCGGGGAGCCAGUGCACAGCCUCAUUCCCUGCCCUGCGCCCAUGUCCCCCAGCCGUGUGCCUCUUCCCCCAGCAUAGCCUUGUCCUGCCUGGGGCCGCCCCAAUCCCCCUUAGCAGCCUGGCUUCUGGCUUGGCCGUUUCUAUCCCUCUCCAGCACCUGUAAGGUUGCAUGUGGGACAGUUUGGGGGAGGGCUGUCCCCACCUCUGCUCUGCCUGACCUCCUGCGAACAAGGCUGGAGCAGUGGAUAGAAGCUUCCAGACCCCAGGAGGAGGCUUGUGGAGGACCUUACUCUGUCCCAUGCAGGGGGCUGGGCUUAUCAUGGGACAUAUGAGGCCUGAGCCACCUUCUGUCCCUGUGUCCCCAUCAGUGGCUGAGGCUGAGUGAGUGACGACUUCAGAGGCACCUCCUCUGUCCUGGGCAUAGCCCCUUAUGAGGGGGACCCACCUGCCAGAAGCUCAGACAGUGCAGAUGCACGUUACGACUGUCUGCUACUGAUUCUGGCCACCACUUCUAACCCCCUUAUGUACACGGAUGGCUCAUGCACUUAUCCACUCCACAAACAUUUACUGAGCACCUGCUGUAUGCCACACAGUGUUAGCCAUGGGGCUUCAAGCAUAGCUAGUCCUGACCUUGGGUGGCUCACCACUCUGGACCUCAGAUGACCGCAUGUCCAGAUAUGACCUGUUACUGUUGUUGGGGGGCUGUCGCACCCUGGACUGUCACCUCAAUGUGCUCGUGCUCGCUGGGACCCACGAGCCCCUGUCACCGAGGCCCUGUCACCGGAAAGGAUACAUUCCAGAACCCCAAGCUCCAUCUGUUCACAGGGCUGGUGGUUCCCAUCAUCGCCACACGGAGGCGCCAGAGCACCGCAGUUAGGCCGUCGCACGGCCCGAGCGCAUGCGCGCUCCCAUUCCUGGCCCCUCCCACCCCGGGCUACUUGAAGUCUGGAGCUGGCGCCGCUGCACAAGGUCUGCAGAAGUCAGGACUCCAGGCCGCCUUCUGCCGAGCCAGAGGCGUGAGUCAUGCUCCCGCCUGAAAGCCAACUAUGUGCCGUCCAAUCCAUACAGCCACAGCGAUUCUCUAGAUGGAGAAACUGAGGCUCGGUGACUUGCCUGCCGCACUCUGUCGCCUGCCACUGGACUCCGUGUCCCCCUGGGCCGCCCUCCCAGGUCCUCUGGUCUGACCACACUGCCAGCAUGCAGGCCCUGCCUGCGGGGAGCACCCGAUGGUGGCCUUUGGGCUGCAGCCCUCUUUGGAGGUGAAUAAAGGUGGUCUGGCUCCUUCA